AUGGACGAAAAUGCCGGUCUAUCACCACAGCGAAGAGGGUUUUCAGGUGGCUGUCGAGCACCCGCGGAGGAUAAAUCCAAAGAGGGUGUUCCCAGUAGUAGCGGAUUCACUAACGAAAGUGGUUGGACUGGUGUUGAACGAGAUCGCGAGCGUCUUGGAACGAAUACCACCAAGAAUUGGCGUGGAGGAUCGAAUGGUGGGGCUGACAAGUACUCUAGCAAGAGCAGUGACUUCAAGUUACCUUUUCAAAGGUCAACUGGAGCGAAUGCUCGCAAUUCUGGUGGAGGUGGUGCGGGUUCAUGGCGUUCAGAAAUGAAGGAACGUGGACCCUCAAUGAGUAGUGGGAAGUAUUCGUCGUCAAAGAAUCAAAGGUAUUAG